AUGUCCCUCUUUCAGUCCUAUCGCAACCUCUCACCCAAAGCUCGUCUAGGCGUGGGGCUUGGCCUUCUAGCCUGGGGGUUUUUGGGCCUCAACUAUGGCGAUGAGAUUGGCGAGAAACUUUUUGGUCUCAAGCCCACCGAGCAAGACAAAGCCGAGUUGGAGCGGCUCAAACCCAAGAUCCAUGUCAUGCCUAGGGAGAAGUGA